CGGUGUAUGAAGCGAUAAGCACCAACGAACAGUUCAUUCUUUCCUCCACCGUCUUUUCGGUGCGUUGUGUAUUGUUUGUGUGAUAAGUAAACGUUUCGUAAACUCUAUUCGAAAUGCGUCUGAUUAUCCUCGACACGGCUGCGUAUGUUGGCGAAUGGUCGGCCAAGUACGUGAUGAAGCGCAUCAACGACUUCAAGCCCGGCCCGGAUCGGUACUUUACGCUCGGUCUCCCGACCGGAUCGACACCACUCGGCAUGUACCGGAACCUGAUCAAGUUCCACCAGCAGGGACGCAUCUCGUUCAAGUACGUCAAAACGUUCAACAUGGACGAGUACGUGGAUUUGCCGCGGGAUCACCCGGAAAGCUAUCACUACUUCAUGUGGCACAAUUUCUUCAAGCACAUUGACAUUGAUCCGGAGAAUGUGCACAUACUCGAUGGGAAUGCGCCCGAUUUGGUGGCCGAGUGUGAUGCGUUCGAGGAAAAGAUAAAGGCAGCGGGUGGCAUUGAGCUGUUUAUCGGUGGUAUUGGUCCGGAUGGGCAUAUAGCGUUCAACGAGCCGGGAUCGUCGCUAGCGUCUCGGACACGUGUGAAAACGCUCGCUCAGGAUACGCUGGAGGCGAACGCACGCUUCUUCGGAAAUGAUAUAAGCAAGGUGCCGAAACAGGCGCUUACGGUCGGUGUGGCGACGGUUAUGGAUGCGCGCGAGGUAAUGAUCAUGAUCCUUGGAUCGCACAAAGCAUUCGCACUGUACAAGGCGAUCGAGGAGGGUGUGAACCAUAUGUGGACGGUUAGCGCAUUCCAGCAGCAUCCACACACGAUCAUGAUCUGCGACGAGGACGCCACGCUAGAGCUGCGUGUGAAAACUGUGAAAUACUUCAAGGGUCUGAUGGAUGUACACUCAAAACUGAUCGAGGAUGAUGCACCGAAAUAACUCUAACACAAUCGGCAAUGGUGAUGGGGCAGAAUGGCCAAAAAUUAAACAAGACAGCGUGGGUAAGGGACAGUGUUAUCGAUAACAAAGGAAAAACCAUUUCUACCUAAGUAUUUCGGUUUGGGCGAAGGAAUCAAACAUUGUUACAAAUCGUUGAAUCGUGGUGAACAAAUGUUAAUAGUAAGCCUCUAAAAGUGUUAUUUGGGCUUGUUUAUUUGCUUGUAUAAUUCCGUGAUUAUUAUUUGUUUUCACGUGCUAAGCCAACGAGCGAUUUCAUAAAACAACGGGAAAUAAAUAAUAGAACAA